UGUUGGUCUUCCAGUUUGCACAUGUGAUACAUUGUACUCAGAGAUAAAUCUUCAUGUAGGUAUUGUUUAGUUGAGGACUUCCGGCAGUAAUGUGACUCUACUCUGGGGAACCUAUUUAUGUGCUCUAUAAUACUUUUUCUAAUGAGUAUGUCUCUUGAUGAUUGUAACUCCCGUCGAUCUCCACGAUUUUCUUUUUCUAGCACACUCGUUGUUCUAUUCAAUUUCUUUAUUGCGGUUCUGCAAACUUUCUCACUUAUCCCAAGGGUGCCAAGGAACAUUUUUUUACAAACUAAUUGUCGGAUACCUUCUAGAGGUAAGAAAAAAUAA